GAUCGAUCGAGAAAGGCCACUCUACGCCGCUUCUCGUCUCUUUUCCAAUCAAGCAGUUGCCCAGCGUGUUUGCCAACCAGCUCUGCUCGUCUCGUGAGUACCGCGCGAGUCAAGGGAAUGGACAGUCCGCCUUGCGGUCCUCCCUCUCUUGCCUCAUCGCCGCCAUGGCCGAAUCGACGCUCACCGAAUACUUUGCACUGCCCCCUUCCUCUGACUUUCCUUCAUGCUCCUUUGUCGUCGCCGCCUUGUCUUGCAUUGUCGCAAAUGCCGUCGACAGACAACACCCACCGGGGCAACAAGCACUCUUGCCCCGCUCCGAUAGCUGAGAACUAAAGGGACUCAAUCCCUCCUCAGCAUCCUCACGACAAUCUCUCAACACACCCGUCAAGGAAGCGACCAACCAAGUUGUUUCACAAUGGCCCCCGUCGCCUCUGGUCGUAGCGCUGCCGGCACCAAUGGCAGCGCCAACGGUGCCGCCGCUUCGUACUCGGGACCUGUCAACCCCACAGCUGCUCGUCACGAGGAGCGCGAAACGAUUCGCGUCCACUCGCCCAACGUGACGUACAGCGACGAUGCCAUCUCGACCAGGUACCAGUACCACCAGACUCACGUCGAGACCAUCGAGAAGCCCGAUGGCAAGAAGGAGUUCGUUGCCACGCCGAACGUCGAAACCUACGACUUCAAGACCAAAACCAAGGUGCCCAAGACUGGUCUGAUGCUUGUUGGUCUUGGUGGCAACAACGGAUCGACCAUUGCCGCCAUGGUCAUGGCUAACCGUCACAACCUUUCGUGGCACACCAAGGAGGGUGUCCAGACGCCCAACUACUACGGCUCCAUCGUCCGUGCUUCGACGAUCCGUCUUGGCAUGGACCCAAAGACGGGCAAGGACGUCAACGUGCCCUUCAGCAACGUCCUGCCCAUGGUCCAUCCCAAUGACUUUGUCCUCGGCGGCUGGGACAUUAGCAGCAUGCCCGUCGAUCAGGCCAUGGUUCGCGCCAAGGUCCUCGAGUACGACUUGCAGCGCACCGUGGCACCCUACGUCCAGGACCUGAAGCCCCUGCCCUCAAUCUACUACCCUGAUUUCAUCGCUGCCAACCAGGAGGAGCGCGCCGACAACCAAAUCCCCGGAAAGGACAAGGCAGCCCACGUCGAGCACAUCCGCAACGACAUUCGCCAGUUCAAGCAGCAGAAUGGCCUUGACCAGGUCAUUGUCGUCUGGACCGCCAACACGGAGCGCUACUCGGACAUCAUUGCCGGCGUCAAUGACACGGCCGACAACCUGCUGGCUUCGAUCAAGCAGUCGCACAGCGAAGUCUCCCCCAGCACCAUCUUCGCCGUUUCGUGUAUCCUUGAGGGUGUCCCUUUUGUCAACGGUGCCCCCCAGAACACCUUUGUGCCCGGUGCCGUGGAGUUGGCCGAGAGGCACCGCGCUUUCAUCGCCGGCGAUGACCUCAAGACGGGCCAGACGCGUUACAAGACGGCCGUCAUCGACUUCCUCGUCAAUGCUGGUAUCAAGCCGCUGAGCGUCGCUAGCUACAACCACCUGGGCAACAACGACGGUCAUAACCUCAAUGCGCCGGCCCAGUUCCGAUCCAAGGAGAUCUCCAAGUCUUCGGUCAUUGACGACGCCGUCGAGGCCUCGCAUCUCCUCUACCCUCGCAAGCAGGGCAAGGACGGCAAAGUCGAGGUCGACAAGCCCGCCCACUGCGUCGUUAUCAAGUACAUGCCCCCCGUUGGAGACCAGAAGGUGGCUAUCGAUGACUUCACCUCGGAGCUGGCCAUGGGUGGACGCAACACCAUCUACACGGUCAACCAGUGCGCCGACUCGACGCUGGCGUCGCCCAUCAUUCUUGACCUGGCCAUCCUUGCUGAGUUCAUGACGCGCAUCUCCUACGCCAAGCCCGGCCAUGCCGAUGCCGCUGUCAAGGAGGAAGAGUACUCUGGCCUCUACUCGAUCCUCUCCUUGCUCUCGUACAGCCUCAAGGCACCCCUGGCCAAGCCUGGUACCGACGUCGUUAACUCGUUGACGCGCCAGCGCGCCGCCGUCACCAACUUCCUCCGUGCCCUUGUCGGCCUCCAGCCCGAGAGUGACCUUCUCUUGGAGCGCAGGGUCUGGUAAGGGAUCGUUGGCUACCUUCGUCCAUCAAUUCUGAUAGAGAGUGUCAUUCGGUCGUCCCACUCGUAGAGAUCGUCUUUAGAUUUUCAACAGUCUCCUCUCUUUCCCCCGUCCUACUGCCAUUUCCCCACCUAGAGAGCUCAACCUCUUCAAAUAUUGCCUUCUCUCCACCUCGCCCGGUCAAUCCCCCCUGCCCUGUCGAAAUGUUGCGUGUUUUAACUUCACUCCUCUUCAGGGCAAGGCCUUGGAAGCUCACUGAAAUGUC